GCGACGACAUACUAAGGAGGGGAGGGAAGAGUGUGCAUCAGAGUGAGCGUGGGAGUGCGAGUCGUUUUGGUAAGCGUUGGUAUGAAAUGCAUGGAAAGACGCUUACACCUGUCAAAGUGAGUGCGUGGGAGAGCGUUCUUUCGAGAGUCAAACCAUUCUGUCAAGUGUUUUCACGCGCGUGUACCCGCUUUUGCUACCGAGUUUUGUUUUUAUUCAAAAUGGCUAUCGAUGUUGAAACAUUAAUUUCACUCGUAUUUGAGCGUACACCACUUUGGAACCAGACAUUAAAGGUGUAUCGGAACAAAGUUAUUACGGAGAAGCUCUGGCGGCAAAUUGCGACGAAAUUGGGAGAAGACGUGACAACGGACGACAUCAAGAAAAAAUGGAAGACGGUGCGGAAUCAGUUCGGUAAGGAGCUACGAAAACUACCGGAAGGACGAUCAGGUGAUGAAGCGCCCCUUAAUUAUGAAACUUACACCACCUGGCCGCAUUUUGAGUCGCUGUUGUUCCUCAAGGACCACAUGAAACCGCGAAAGUCGGGCGGAAAUUUACAACCUGAUGGCGCCGAGACUUCCAGGAAUGCCAAUACGCAAGAGAUUGGAGCAGAUGAUACAAGUGAUCGAAAUGAGAUUGUUGAAAUCCCCGAAUCGGCAGAAAUCGACCACACCGAUGAAGGUGACACACGACCACAACGCCGGGCCCCCAAAAGAAGCGCUCAACAUCGUCUAAUCGAUAUCGAGGCGAAAAAGUUACAGCUUUUGGAGCAAAAAGUCCGCAAAGGAACCACUGCAGACGAUGAAGAUGAGGCUUUUUUCAAAAGCUUGCUACCCCAUGUCCGGAAGUUGCCCGCGGAGGAAAAGCUACUGUUCCGUACCGAAGUGCAAGAAGUGGUGCAUAAAUUUGUGUACCGAAAGAACCGGUUGCUAAACGAUCGGAGGGCGGAACACGAUGUGUUCAGAGCAUCGGCUUCAGCUGGUGAUGCUUCUUACCAGCACUCUACACCAAUACGCCGUUCAAAUGAAAUUUUUGACACUGGGCUGCGAACCCCGCUUCGUUCUGGUGGCUCGCGGUACACUGAGUCGCCAAAUAUUCCGAGUCGAAUUGAGAUUGUGGAGAACCAGUAUCGAAACGAAUCCACUGGGCUGCGAACCCCGCUUCGUUCUGGUGGCUCACGGUACAUUGAGUCGCCGAAUAUUCCGAGUCGGAUAGAGGUAGUGGAGAACCAAUAUCGAGAGGAAUCUACUGGCUCAGCAGGCCAACGCUCCUCAAUCAUUGUGACAGGAAGACAAUACUACACGGUCAUCACGUCGCCGAUUUCGAGUGCAGCAACGCAGGAGUAAAGAUUUUUCAUCGGGAGUGAAAAUCAAAUACAAUAUUCUCUUGGUAGACUUCAUUUCAUUUGAUGACUUCUUUAAUAA